AUGGUCAUGUGCAUAGAUGAGAGCAAUGUGUUUGAUGUUGUCUUCAUGGAAUUCAGGAAGGCUCUUGGUGAGUUCCUACACGGGAGUUUGAUAGCAAAGGUAAAUCGUUUCCUUUUCAACAUGCAACUCAAUAAAGACCAGAUCGAAGACAUCAUGGUUCAGUUCAAAGCUGAGAUGCUGAAGGGCUUGGUCUCCCCCAACUCUUCCAGUCUGAAGAUGUUGCCUACAUGUGUACAGUCAACUCCUGAUGGAUCAGAAAGAGGAGAGUUUUUAGCUUUGGAUCUCGGAGGUUCCAUUUUCCGUGUGUUAAGGGUGAAGGUGUCAGAAGAUGGACGGCAAGUUGUCCACAUAUCCAGCGAGAUCUAUCCCAUGACUGAAGAUAUGAAACAUGAAAACUGUCAACGGUUUUUUGAUUACAUCGCUGAUUGCCUGGGAGAUUUCAUUGAGAAACAGAAACUAAAAGAUAAAAAGCUUCCACUUGGCUUCACAUUUUCCUUCCCUUGCAGACAGAGCAAACUGGAUGAGGGUAUUCUUAUCUCAUGGAGUAAAGGAUUCUUUGUUAAAGGAGUACAAGGAUUAGAUGUUGUCACUUUGUUACGUGAAGCAAUUUCAAGACGUGGGGAUUAUGAAGUGGAUGUGCUGUCUAUAGUGAAUGAUACCGUGGGAACCAUGAUGACAUGUGCAUUUGACGACCCAUACUGUGAGAUUGGCGUUGUUAUUGGAACUGGCACGAAUGCUUGUUACAUGGAGGAAUUGAGACACAUCCAACUGGUGGAAGGUGAUGAAGGACGAAUGUGCAUCAACACAGAAUGGGGAGGAUUCGGAGAUGAUGGCUUUUUGGAUGAUAUCAGGACUGUAUUUGACAGGGAAGUGGAUGAUGGCUCCAUCAAUCCAGGGAAACAGUUGUUUGAGAAAAUGGUGUCUGCAAUGUAUUUGGGAGAACUUGUGAGGAUUAUUUUAGUCCGAAUAAUUCAAAAUGGCAUGCUGUUCAAAGGAAAGACUUCAUCUAAGCUCCUCACCAAAGGAUCUAUUGAUAUUGAAGAUAUUAUUGCUAUAGAGAAUUACAAUACAGGUCUGAAAAGUGCAAUGGACAUGCUAAGGAAUCUGGGACUGGAGCCCUCCGAAGAAGAUGGCAUUGCUGUUAGACAAAUUUGCAAAAUUGUCUCACUUCGCUCAGCCACACUCUGUUCAGCUACUCUAGCUGUUAUUCUGCAACAUAUCAAAAAUAAUAAGAAAAUGAAACGGCUGCGAACAACAGUGGGUAUUACUGGGACACUGUACAGAAAAAAUAUCCAGUAUGCAAAGACUUUCCAUAAGCUAGUUCGAAGCCUGCUCACUGACUGUGAUGUGCGAUUCCAGCUGGCUGAGGAUGGCACUGGGAAAGGGGCUGCCAUGGUGACUGCAGUAGCUCAGAGGCUCGUUUACCAACGUAAUUACAUAAACAAGACCCUCGCACCAUUCAAACUCAAUCGAGACCAACUGGUCAACAUAAUGGACAAGAUGAGAUUGGAUAUGGAACGUGGAUUAAAACUAGAGACCCAAAGCAGUGCCAUAGUCAAAAUGCUUCCCACCUACGUUUGUAAACUUCCCACAGGAAAUGAGAAUGGCAAAUACAUUGCUCUUGACUUAGGUGGCACCAACCUCCGUAUCCUACUCGUUGUGCUACAUUCUGGGAUGAGGAAAUCUCUUCGAAUGUACAGCAAACUCUUUCCCAUUCCUCUGGAGAUUAUGCAAGGGACAGGUGAAGAGUUGUUUGACCACAUUGUAGAAUGCAUCGUUCACUUUCUGGACUAUAUGGGAGUGAAGGGCAUCCGGCUUUCCUUAGGUUUCACAUUCUCCUUUCCCUGUGUGCAGAAACAGUUGGAUCAGGGCAUUCUUAUUAGCUGGACCAAAGGCUUCACUGCCACUGGUGUGGAAGGACAGGAAGUUAUUACUCUGUUGAAAGAAGCUAUUACAAGAAAUGGAGAGUUGGAUUUAGACAUUGUGGCACUUCUGAAUGACACGGUGGGAACUAUGAUGUCUUGUGCUUAUGAGCAUCCUAACUGUGAGAUUGGAAUGAUUGUAGGAACUGGCUGUAAUCUCUGCUACAUGGAAGAAAUGAAGAAAAUAGAAACAGUGAAAGGAAGUGAAGGGAGGAUGUGUAUCAACACCGAGUGGGGAGCAUUUGGUGAUGACGGAUGCUUAGAUUUCAUCAGAACUACCUUUGACAAAUUGGUGGACAUCAAUUCAUUAAAUAUAGGACAUCAAAAAUAUGAAAAAAUGAUAAGUGGGAUGUACCUGGGUGAAAUUGUGCGCAACAUACUGAUUAAUUUCACAAAACAAGGACUUUUAUUCAGAGGUCUCAUGUCGCACAGUCUAAAGACCAAAGGCAUUUUUCAAACCAAGUAUUUGUCUCAGAUAGAAAGUGACCGUCUGGCUCUGCUCCAAAUCCGUUCAAUCCUUCAGAAGCUUGGCCUGGACAGUUCUUGUGAUGACAGCAUCAUUGUUAAGGAGGUGUGCACUGUCGUUUCCCGGAGAGCAGCCGAGAUCUGUGGUGCAGGAUUGGCUGCUGUUGCUGAAAAAAUUAGGGAGAGCCGGAACUUGGAUUAUUUGGAAGUUACUGUCGGUGUGGACGGAACUCUCUACCGGCUUCAUCCCCAUUUUUCGACCAUUUUAGAAAUGACAGUGGCGGAUCUGGCCCCAAACUGCAAUGUGAUUUUCAAAAUGUCGGAGGAUGGCAGUGGGAAAGGUGCAGCUCUUGUUGCAGCUGCAGCAAUUCAGCCAGACAAGGCUUCAAAAACUCACUCCAACAGAAGAAGGAUAAAAUAA